AUGAUACAAGAUCAGUACAUCGGCGUUAUUCUUGCAGUCUGUUCAUCCGUGGCGAUUGGUUCGAGCUAUGUCAUUACGAAGAUCGGACUAAGAGACGCCGAGAAGCGUCACGGCUUCAAAGGAGAUGGGUUCGAAUAUUUUAGGAAUCCAACAUGGUGGACCGGCAUGAGUCUUCUAGUUGUGGGAGAGCUGUUCAAUUUUGCGGCCUACGCGUUUGCACCCGCCGUCUUGGUUACACCUCUUGGUGCUCUGAGUGUACUCACAGGAACGGUAUUGGGUGCUUAUUUCCUCAAAGAGCGCCUGGGGGUUUUAGGCAAGCUUGGAUGUGCCCUUUCAUUGCUUGGGUCGGUCCUCAUUGUAGCCAAUGCCCCUCCGGAUAAGGAAAUUGAUACUGUCGAUGAAAUCCUGAACUACGCUACGCAACCUGGUUUCCUGUUCUUUUGCGCCGUGACUGCUGUGUACUCCGUGUGGAUGAUUUAUUAUGUCUGCCCGACACGGGGAAAGGAAAACCCAAUUUACUAUCUUUCCAUAUGUGCUGGAACAGGAGCCGUAUCAGUCAUGGCACUAAAAGCAUUUGGCAUUGCUGUGAAGUUGACCUUUGCUGGUGCAAAUCAAUUUACUCACCUGUCGACAUGGAUUUUCGCCAUCGUUGCUGGCGCCUGUAUUGCAGUUCAGAUGAACUAUUUCAACAAGGCGUUAAGCACGUUUCCUCAGUCUCUGUGGGCUACUCCCUUUGGCCAUAGCUUGUCACACGAUGCUAAUACAAUACCCAGUGUCAGCCCUAUAUACUAUGUCACAUUUACUACUGCGGUCCUAACGGCAUCUUUCGUUCUUUUCCAAGGAUUUAACAUCACGGACACGACAAAGACACUGUCCUUAUUGUGCGGUUUUGUCACUAUUUUCUCUGGAGUUUAUCUUCUCAACUUUCCCGACAGUAACUCAAGUGGUCAUACUAGACUAGGUGAUAGGGACGAGUCAGGAUCGACGCGGUCUAGCGAGGAAACGCAGUACGAUCGAGCAAUCUAUACCGCAGGGCCCGAUGGACACGAGCUUCAUAGGUACGAUUCUGGAAAUGAUGGCGAGGCACAAGUUCUGGGCCGCUGA